AACAUUUCGAUCGAAAUUAUUUUUUUGAGUGAUUCAUUCCCUCUUUCUUUUCUCUCCUUUUCCGUCUUCUUCUACAUUCUUCUGGUCUGUUUCUGAGGUUAUUACCGUACGAUACAAAGGAAUCUAAUUUGUUCAGAUAAUCGGAGGUUUGGUUUGGUUUCGAUCGUGAACUGGGGUUGCUAUUUUCGGAGGUUUAAGGCUUUGAAUUGAUUGCAGCUGUUGUAUUAAGAAAGCUAGGACUCUUUGUAUUCAUUGGUAUUGGAAAUGGACAUCUUGGGUGCUGGAGAGGUAGAUGAUCUGAGUGACAGAACGCAGUCUAUACUUCAUGCUUGUUUGAAUGAAUACGGUAAUGAAUCUUAUGGGGAUGAUAGGAGUGAUGUGGAAGAGUUACUUCAACGAGGACAUCAAAGCAAACCUCCUCAAAAGUGUUUGGGCAAGUGUGCAUCAUUUCCUUCCGCUGUGUCUCCUCCUGAAGAGGAUGAUGAAUUAGAAACUGCAUUGCGGCGCAUAUUCUCUGAGGAUGCCAUGCAGUCUCCUUACUGCCGUUCAAUUUCUUUGCCUACUUCCUUGAAGCUAGUGUCUGCCCUUAAAGGUAGUCGUGAGAAACAGGGAUUACCACCAAAGAAGCUGACUGUGACAUGGGCCCCCGAUGUGUAUGAUCCUCCGCCGACGUUAGUAUUGCACACAGUUAGAGGCAAAAAGCAGCAGAAGUUGAAGAAGAAAAAUGACAAGAAGAAACAUGGAAAGAAAGGGCAGAAGGGCAACAACUCCUCACGUGGUAGUGCUGGUGGUAAAGACAACAAACUGUUUCGCAGAGGUAGUGGGAGUUCUGAUAGGUGUUAUAAGCCACUGGAGGUUCAGGAUAGAGCAGUCAACGCCUCAGGUGACCUUGAUGGUUUUAACGUUGGCAGUCCAGACCCCUAUUGCGGGAGUAGUUUUCUAAAAAAGUCACCCACCAGGAUGCACUACUCUAUGGCGGAGGCCCUAUGAGUAAAUUUCUCUUUUCACGUCAUUGAGAAAAGCCCUUGCUAUUACCAAUCCUUGUACAUAAAUAAGGUCUUUUCUGCCUUCACAACAAUGGAUAUUUGAAUAAUUACUUUAGUGCAAUUAUGUAAUGGUUUUCGGUAAUGGUAUGGGUUUGAAAA